UAAAGAACAAUAUAAAGAUAAAAAUAUUAUUAUAAUUAGUAAUAAUUCAGCAUUACCAAAUAUUUUAAAAUAUAAAUUUUAUAAAUGGGUGGCUAAUAAUUUUAAAAAAGGAGUUGAUGUCAUUACUGAUGAAGAAUAUGACAGAAUUUCAGAUACGGAAAGAGAUGAAAAAUUAACUGAAUUUACACAUAUUGAAUAUGCAGAUCUUUUACAGCAAAUUUUUAAAUAUAUGAAAACUAAUAAUAUUACUAUUGAUGGUCUUACUUCAUAUAGAGAAGUUUCACAUAUUAUCGAUAAAGUUAGACAAAAGAUUAGUAGUAAUGAAAGUAAAUUUAAAAAUAAAAAAAAAUAG